AAUACGCUGUGUCCGUGCUACCUUUGAAGUAAAAAAAAUAUAUACAAUAAGUAAAAAAAAAAAAAAAAAACAGAGGAGUAACAUCAGCAAAAAUGGCGCUUCAGGCCGGUGUCUCCACUUCUAAAGUUCUAAUUCUCGCCGGAGCAGGUUUGACUGGCUCUAUUAUAUUGAGAAAUGGAAAAUUAUCUGAAGUUCUUGGUCAGCUUCAUGAGUUACUUAAGGGAGUUGAUGAAGUUGAGUUUCAACCCUACAAGUAUGAUACUACACUUCUUGCUGCUCAGAUUCGACAGUUGGCGCAGGAGAUUAAGGAGUUAACUUUUUCCAAUCCCGUGACCAUCUAUAAUGGGAAUUCUACUUCUAGUGGGGGCUUUGCAUCUUAUCUAGUGCCUGCGGCUGCACUAGGUGCAAUGGGAUAUUGUUAUAUGUGGUGGAAGGGGUUGUCGUUUUCUGAUGUAAUGUUUGUAACAAAGCAAAAUAUGGCAAAUGCUGUCUCUACUGUGUCAAAACAAUUGGAGAAUGUGUCUGAAACAUUGGCUUCAACAAAGAGACAUCUGUCAAAGAGGCUAGAAAACUUGGAUUGGAAGGUGAUGGAGCAGAUAGAAACAUCCAAGCUCAUCGUAAAUAAUGUAGAUGAGAUGAAAACAAAUCUUUCUCAAAUCGGGUUUGAUGUUGAAAUGAUCCAACAAAUGAUAUCUGAGUUGGAUCGAAAGCUUGAUCUUCUAGAGCAAAAACAGGAUGCAACGAACUCAGGUCUUUGGUAUAUAUGCCAAGUUGCUGAAGGCUUUAAAGAUGGGCCCGGUUCCAAACUUGUUCAGCAGGGUGUUGGUGAUAAGCUAGCAAACCAUUCAACAAUAACGUACGAGGAGACGUCUCUCAAGGGCCUUAGCUUUCUCGCCGAUGAUAAAAAGUUUGAUAGAGUUGAUGAAUCAACAGAACUGAAGAAAACAGAUGUCGAUAGCUUUUCCGGAGAAAAAACAAAAGUCAUGAAAACGACAAUACACAGGUCAUAUCCAGUUGGACUAUCGACUAUACACAGGUCAUAUCCAGUUGGACUAUCUUUGGCUCGGAAAGUAGUUGAAUUUCCAUCGUAGACUCCAUUCGGAGGUCUGCAAUAUUUUUCAUGCUGUUGCAUGGUGUUUCAUUGGAUUAAUUCGCUAUUCAAAGAUGUACUCUAGAUUAAGAUUAUUACAGGAAAAAUUAUUGUUUAGACUGCCCAAAGAUGGCAUACAGGGAGUGAAUUCUGUUGUAACUACAAGCAGGUUAUAAAUAAUUAUACAAACUGUACAAUUAUCUUGUGCAAAUUUGCAAUAAAUAAUUUUCGUAA